AUGGAGAAAACAGACUACAAACUUGUGCUCUCAUGCCCUUCUGGUCUAUCGCCUUCUCAGGUAUCAGUGGUUUUGGAUCCAUCUUACGAUAGAAUCCCCCAUCCUGACAUUGACUUAGAAAACUCCAUUUCUGAGAUAUGGGAUCGAAGGGUACAGAAGAAUGCAUCUUUGUACAAUGGGAAAAAGUUCCGGUAUGGAGGCUAUACUCUGUACAGCGGAGAUGGAUCAAAACAAGAUUUUCAUGUUUGCCUCCAACUUGGUUUGACGGAUUAUAGGACUUUUAUGGGGACAAACUUAAAUCCUUUUUGGGAAAAGUUCCUUGUUCCAUCAGAAGAUGACCCUAUACAAAGCCAACACACCUCAAGUCCACUGGGUAACGGUGCAAUUGUAGAGACAUCUGACAAGAAAAUAGUCGUGUUACAAAGAAGUUACAAUGUAGGGGAAUUUCCUGGACACUUUGUUUUCCCUGGAGGCCAUCCAGAGCCUGAAGAAGUUGGGGCAGCAUCUCAUCAGACGGGGGAAAAGUUAACAAACUCGGAACACAUUAACAACAAUGUCUCUCAAGAAAUGUUUGACAGUAUAAUUCGUGAAGUAGUUGAAGAAAUUGGAGUACCUGUGACAUCUCUUUGCAAUCCACUAUUUAUUGGUAUCUCCCGCAGGGUGUUAAACGUCAGACCAGCUGCUUUUUUCUUCAUCAAAUGUAGCAUUGAAUCAAAUGAAAUUAGAAGGCUGUAUGCUACGCAUUUAAUAAUUUGUGCUGGAAAUGGCUGGAUACGGAUGGAUGGAAUGAGCCAAUACUGUGGUGACAGUGGUGAUGAUAAUACAGUGGAGAAACUGGUAGGAGCAUUGGAUGCAGCUGCAAGGCUUUAA